AUCGUCGCGUUGGGCUUGACAUGAGACCCGUAUAAUAUUUCAGAGCUUUUCUUUAAAGCCCAUCUUCUCCUUCUCAUUUCAUAUGAUAUGAUAUGUCCAAUUAAGAAGACAUUAGGGGGUUUCCAAAAGCACAGAAACUCAUUUCAUCAUCCGGCAAUCCACCGUGUACGUGUAGUCAUAUUCAUACCAGACAAUUACUCUCGGCGCCAACUGAAAACGGCAAUUCCACUCGGUGGGUAACGGGUAAAAAUGCGAACGUCGAUUGAAAUCAGAGAAAAUGAAACCCAGCACCAGCUCCCUCUUUCCAAAAUCGUAAAACCCUAGCUUACAAAUUCUUCGUUUUUCUAAAAUCCGAACUAUAUAAUCCCUAAUUCCCUUUCUCCCAAGCAAAAUUAACCUAUUAAAUUCGCAUUUUUGUAUAGAUAUUUGAGAUAUGAGACGCUAUCUAAUACUUCUCCUGUUCAAAUUGGUGAUGUUAAUACCAUUAAUAAGAAGUAUCUCUGGUUCAGCGAUCUCCCAGCCCUCGAUUCCCGAUGAAAGCAGUCAGAUUUCCAAGCUAUACAAGUCUUUUUUGCCGCCAAAACCUAAACAAGAUGUAGCACUAGUGGCCGCAUUGGAUGGAACUGUCUAUUUUGUGGACACUAACUCACGGAAAGUUCGGUGGUCAUUCUCAUCUGGUUCGCCUAUUUAUUCUUCUUAUCAGGCUAAUCCUAAUGAUGAUGAGGAUAGGCAUAAUAGUGGAUCUGAACUCAGUAAUGACUUAUAUUAUAUAGAUUGCGGUGAUGACUGGGAACUGUACGUCCAUAGCAAGCGCUUUGGCAAACUGCAAAAACUUGCACUUAGUCCUGAAGAAUAUGUUAAAAUGACACCGCAUAUAUCAGAGGAUGGGGAAAUUACUCUUGGGUUUAAAAGGACUACUGCUUUUCUUGUUGACGCCAAGACUGGAAGAGUGGUUCGCACUUAUGGGUUUGAUAAUUCUACUUCUACAUUUGGGGCUCAAUAUGAUGAAAGAAAUGCUCUUCUUCUGGUAAAAGAUGCUGAAUUGAUAAAAUCUGCUGCUGCUGUUGCUGACUUGGGAACUGUUCAGCAUCUCGUUUAUAUCACUAGGACAGACUACGUGCUGCAACAUUACUCUCCGAAUUCCACUGACAUAUUAUGGAAUGUGGCAUUUGCUGAUAUUGAGGCUGAAUUUCGCUGUCAAGGACUUAGAAGUUCUUUAAGUGGGGUUUCUCCAAGUGCAAGUGAUGAUGUGGAUGAAAUUGAAUUUCCUUGUCAAAUGAGAACUCCUGUUCUUCGAGUUCGUGAUCACAGCUUCUUAGAAUUUGAUAAGCUAGCAAUUGCUCAUCUUGGAGCUGGUGCUCGCUUUCUCCCUGCCCCUGAUCACAUUCUUCCCUUGGGACCUGUUCAAAGAUAUCCACUAGCUCUCCCAACUCAUGAAGACAGAGUUGUACUUGCUUUGCCGGCAUCUGAGGCUGCAAACCCUAGGAAUCUAGGCUUGCCAAGUGGAAUUGCCGGUAUAAAUGGCACAAAUUUAUCUUCUGAAAUUAUUACAAACUCCCAUAUGUGGCCUAUUAUUGCUGCCAUUUUGUCCAUUGUGGGUUCCAUAUGUUACAAUUACUUGACAUUUAGAAAGAAGAAUGAGUUGAAUAAGCCAGUUGAGGAACUUAAACAGCAAGCUGGGGUGCCCAAAAAGAAGAAAAGUAAGAGAUCAGGAAACAAGCAGAGUCCCACUAGAGAGAGAAGGCAGAGAUAUCUUCCACUUGAGAAUAAUGUUGGAGAUGAUGUUGGAGUUUCACAUGUUGAAGAAAAUGAAAGGAAGUUGUUGACCUUUGCUAAUGUUGUUGAUGGUCGCAUAGAUGGACGCAAGAUAGGUAAGUUAAUUGUCUCUAAUAAAGAAAUUGCAAAGGGGAGUAAUGGUACAGUUGUGCUUGAAGGAAUUUAUGAUGGUCGUUCUGUGGCUGUUAAACGACUUGUGCAAACCCAUCAUGAUGUGGCUUUGAAAGAGAUUCAAAACCUUAUUGCUUCUGAUCAACAUCCAAAUAUCGUUAGAUGGUAUGGAGUGGAGUAUGAUCAAGAUUUUGUUUAUCUUGCUCUGGAGCGUUGCACUUGCAGCUUAAAUGACUUCAUUUAUGUGUAUUCUCAAUCGUUUCAAAAUCAAGUACUUUCGAAGGAUGUAGAUUCCAACUGCUUGCCUGUGUGUACUGUUCAAUCACGUACAAUGCUGGAAUAUAACAGAAAUAUUGAAUUAUGGAAGACAAAUGGGCAUCCUUCACUACGGUUAUUAAAAUUGAUGAGGGAUGUGGUUUAUGGGCUAGCUCAUCUGCAUGAACUUGGAAUUAUACAUCGGGACUUAAAGCCUCAGAAUGUUUUGAUUAUCAAUGAGAAGUCCUUUUGUGCUAAGCUUUCUGAUAUGGGCAUUAGCAAGCGUCUUGUUGGGGACAUGUCUUCUUUGACCCGCAAUACAACUGGUUAUGGGAGCUCAGGCUGGCAAGCACCUGAACAACUCCUCCAAGGUCGCCAAACUCGUGCAGUAGACUUAUUUAGUUUGGGCUGUGUUCUAUUUUUCUGUGUCACUGGGGGAAAGCACCCUUUUGGUGACAAUAUUGAACGUGAUGUAAAUAUUGUGAAUGACCGGAAAGACCUGUUCUUGGUUGAAAGUAUACCAGAAGCUAUGGAUCUUUUCUCACAUCUUUUGGAUCCUAACCCAGACAAGAGGCCAAAAGCUCAGGAGGUAUUAAACCAUCCUUUGUUCUGGACACCGGAGCAAAGACUAUUAUUUCUUCAGGAUAUUAGUGACAGAGUUGAAUUGGAAGAUAGGGAAAAUGAAUCAGAAAUUUUAAAUGCAUUAGAAAGCACUGGAGCGGUGGCAUUGAAUGGGAAAUGGGAUGAGAAGAUGGAAGCUGCAUUUAUUAACAACAUCGGCCGCUACAGGCGUUACAAGUAUGAUAGUGUCCGAGACUUAUUGCGGGUCAUACGCAACAAGUCACAUCACUACAGGGAACUUCCUCAAGAGAUCAAGGAGUUAUUAGGAUCUCAUCCCGAAGGAUUUGAGAACUAUUUUUCAUCCCGAUUUCCAAAGCUCUUGAUUGAGGUUUACAAAGUAAUGUAUAGAUACUGCAAAGAGGAGGAAUUUUUUCGGAAAUACAUAGAAAGCAGUGUAAUAUAAAGAACCUAGCACGUCUGUUCCUGCUUCUGUCUCAAUUGGAUUUCUCUAACCAAAGUGUUUAGAAAAUUGUGUACACAAAAAUUGUACCAUGUUGCAACAGAAAUUGUAUAAUCUUGCUACGAAAGCUGUUGUAUAUAUCAAUUAUGCAACUCAUUACAUUCUUA